AUGAUGACUGAAUUGCUUGAACAAGUAUGGCCUUAUGGGACUUUAUUAGAAUUGUUCAUGGAAGUUAGUUACGAUGUUAUUGCUAAUGGUUGUGAUGGGUAUGUUGCAGGUUGUGGUUUACGAUUCGGUAUCGAAUUGUUGUCGUUUCCACCAUUUUGCAACUUGCACACUAAGUGUUCGGUAAAUUGCCUCAACCAAGUUUAUUUUCCUUUUUCGUUUCUGUUUCUUACUCAUCCAUGGGUGGAUGCUAUUUCAAAAAAAUCAAAGGAGAAUGCUUCUAAGAUGGAGGCUCAGUUGGUGAAGGACGUUGUGCCGUUUAAUUUUCUUACGCCUAUGAGGAUUAUAAGAAAUGCUAUCUCAGAAUGGGGUGGAAGUCCUGCUCAUGUGGUGGUUUCUGAAGGUGCUAAUACCAUGGAUGUCGGUCGAGCUGUAUUGGUUCAGAAGGAGCCAAGGACUAGGUUGGAUGCUGGCACUUGGGGGACUAUGGGAGUUGGUCUUGGUUAUUGCAUUGCUGCCGCUGUUGCUUAUCCUGAUCGCCUUGUUGUUGCCGUUGAAGGAGAUUCUGGAUAUGGGUUCAGUGCCAUGGAAGUUGAGACAUUGGUUCGAUACCAACUGGCUGUGGUGGUGGUUGUUUUCAAUAAUGGUGGUGUAUAUGGUGGUGAUCGUAGAAGCCCAGAAGAGAUAGAUGGACCUCACAAAGGGGAUCCUGCUCCGACAUCAUUUGUCCCAAAUGCAGGGUACCACACUAUGAUGGAAGCUUUUGGUGGAAAGGGUUAUCUUGUUAGGACACCUGAUGAACUAAAGUCAGCUCUCUCAGAAUCAUUCUCUGCUAGGAAACCAACUGUCAUAAAUGUUGUCAUUGAUCCCUAUGCCGGUUCAGAGAGUGGGAGGAUGCAGCACAAGAAUUGA